AUGCUUUGGCUGGUUUUAUUGUCCAUCCUCCCUGCUGUCCGGGGGCAGUGUUCGCAGGAGUGUGGCCCAGUUUCCUCGCUUUUAUCAUCCUGCGCGCUGCCUGAUCUCGACUCGGACUGGCACGACUUCCAGCAUCUGCCCAUCGAACGCAAUCUCUCCGGUCGGGAAUACGCGCCAUUCGGAAAUGGUCCGUCAACGGCUCGGAUUGCGACCUACGAUGAAGCGCAAUGCUUCUGCACUGAAGCCAUCAGCUCACUCUCAGACUGUGAAGCCUGUGCCCGCUCAGCAUGUCCUGGCUCAUGCUAUUCCGACAGCGAGUCGGAUUCCCCAGCAGCCAGGCAGAACAAGAUUGCAGGCUAUUAUCAUGAGGACUGCAAGGCGUUCGGUUAUUUCGCCAACUCGACCCUCUCCUCUCCCUCUACUACUGUCUCCUCCAUGCCGCCCGCGACUGAAGCACCGGACUACAAUAGCGACUGUGGAAUCUGCGGUGUAAUCCAUGGGCAAAUCAGGGACUGUGACCUUGUUGACCUCGACGCAUCCCCGCCACCACCUCGGACGAGUGUACUCGCGGAGGGAUACGAUUACUACGGAAACGUCCUACUCAACCGAACGGCUGCCGAGUGCCUUUGUACACUCCCUGUCCUACGACGACUCGAUGGCUGUAGGCAGUGUAUCACGACGCAAAACGACGACCUCUUGGAAGUCUUUGAUAUGUAUCGGUCCGAAUGCCAGGAUCUAGGAUACUGGACUGACGUCCACGUUGUGGAAUAUGAAAACUCCCCGAGUAGUAGCAGUAGUACUCAACCUGGAUCGAGCCCGACUUCAACACUGGAAUCUUCGCCGACUGGUGCCGGGGCUGGUAUCACAUCAAGAGGAUUGUUGCUGCCACUUGCACUAGCUGCUUCUAUGUUACUUUGUAUCUUCUGA